UAUGUAUGUUAACUUUAAAAGUUAAUAAUUUUAUUUAAUCGUUUUUGUAAAAGUAAUAAAUCAUUAUUUUAUUGUUAUUGUAGAAUGAAAUGGUUGAGUUGCGACGAGACAAACUUAUUCAAUUUGAAGAUGGCUUGCUACUAGUAGUUGAUGAGGCUGCUAUAUAUAGGCAGGUGUUAGGUGAAGGAAAAUACGGUUGGUUACGAGGUUUAGGUCCUACACCUGGAAAAAAGAUCUCAGUGGAAUUAUCAUCCAAACAUAAAGAGAUUGAAGAAGAACGUUUGGACAAAUUAGAGAAAAUCAUUGAAGAUCUAAGGAAGGAUCAAGAUAAUAAUGUUGCAAGAAUCGUUCAAGAGAAUAUGAAAAUAUUCUAUGAAUCACAACAAGGCAGAUUAUUAGAGGAACGAUCAUCAGAGUCACCAAUCAGAAUUCCAUCAAUGGAUAAACAAAAUAGUUUUUUCACGCAACUGGAGCCAAGUAAAGAAAAAGAUCAACCCUCAUCUUCACAAAAACCCACUAAAUCGUCCUCAAAUUUAGAAGAAGUGCGAGAUUCUCCAAUUAAAUUUGAGAUUCCUAAGGACACUCCAAAGGGUGUAAAAGCUGCAUUACUAGCUGUUCGAUUUAUAAAAGCUUCACACACUUUUUCCAUGGUCAUGGACCCAGAAAUUUUGGAUAAUGAUGAAUAUUUACAUAUUUCACCUAUUGAUGUAAUUCAUCUAGGCACUAUGAAACGGAUUGGAGCUGCUUGCAUAGUAUUUUACAUUAGGAUCUUACAUGAAAAGUUGGUGAAGGCAAAUCGAGCACAAUAUUUUCGUUUCUUUCAUCCAAUUUUAGCUUUGGAUUCAUGUCAAGCACAAAAUGCAAUGACAAUGGCAGAUCGCAUGGAAGGAACAGAAGCGGGACAAUUUUGGUUGCUUUCUGUUAAUACUGGGUAA